CAAACACCUUCGCUCGUACGUCAUAAAAUUAACAAAAAAACCACUCUACACUAAUCACAAAAAAGUCUCCGAAAAUUCGCCACCCGUUUUUCCUCUCGUGCCCAUUAUUACCUCAAUUUCUAUUAAAUAUUACCUCGUCUUUCGCCCCCUCCUCCUCCUCCUCCUCCUCCGCAUACUAAAACCCUAGAAGGGUUCCUCUCCUUCCUCUCUCCUCGUUCGUCGUUGGAUUCCUCGGGAACUUAGAUCAAGAUGGGGAUUGAGGACGAAUCGCUUUAUAAGAUCGUUAGAGGAGACUUUGGGUACGUCCUGGAAGACGUUCCCCACCUCGCCGAUUACCUCUCCGAUCUCCCUACUUAUCGGAAUCCGCUCGAAGAUAAUGCAUCUUAUGCAGCGGUCAGGCAAUACCAUAUUAACGAAGACGACACAAUCACCAAGAAGAUUGUUGUUCAGAAGAACAGCCCACGGGGGCCGCACUUCAGGCGUGCUGGCCCCGGAAAGAGGGUGUAUUUUCAAUCAGAUGAGGUGCGUGCUUGCAUCGUAACUUGUGGAGGGCUUUGCCCAGGGCUCAACACGCUAAUUCGGGAAUUAGUUUGUGGUUUGUCCCACAUGUACGGUGUUGAUCAAGUACUUGGAAUAGAGGGUGGAUACAGGGGAUUCUAUGCUCGAAAUACUAUAACCUUGACACCGAAGAGUGUAAAUGACAUUCACAAGCGUGGUGGCACCAUUCUUGGCACAUCGAGGGGUGAUCAUGACCCUAUAAAAUUAGUAGACAGUAUUCAGGAUCGUGGGAUUAAUCAGGUCUACAUAAUAGGAGGAAAUGGAACUCAAAAAGGUGCCUCUGUCAUCUUUCAGGAAAUUCGAAGACGUGGUCUCAAAGUUGCUGUUUGUGGAAUUCCCAAGUCGAUAGAUAAUGAUGUUGCGGUAAUUGACAAGUCCUUUGGUUUUGAUACUGCUGUGGAGGAGGCCCAGCGCGCCAUUAAUGCAGCACAUGUGGAAGCAGAGAGUGUCGAGAAUGGCAUAGGCGUCGUGAAGCUCAUGGGUCGCUUUAGUGGUUUCAUAGCAAUGUAUGCUACUCUUGCUAGCCGAGAUGUGGACUGCUGCUUGAUUCCAGAAUCACCUUUUUAUCUGGAAGGGAAAGGUGGGCUUCUUGAAUUUAUAGAAAAGCGGCUUAAAGAGAAUGGACACAUGGUUCUUGUGGUUGCUGAAGGUGCAGGACAAAAACUAAUUGAAGCAUCCAUGAAAUGCAUGGACAACAAAGAUGCUUCUGAAAACUUGUUGCUUCCUGAUGUUGGGAUGUGGCUAUCUCAGAAGAUAAAGGAUUACUUCAAAAGCAGAAAGAUGCUUCUAAAUCUCAAAUACAUAGAUCCGACAUACAUGAUUCGUGCGAUUCCUAGUAAUGCUUCUGACAAUGUCUUGUGCACGCUUCAGGCUCAUUGUGCCAUUCAUGGCACGAUGGCAGGAUAUACUGGUUUCACUGUUGGGCUAAUUAACGGCAGAAAUAGUUUUAUACCAUUUCAUAGAGUGACUCAAUCACGGAACAAGGUAUCAAUAACUGACCGGAUGUGGGGAAGGUUACUUAUGUCAACUAACCAACCAAUUUUUCUAAGCCCCAGUGACAUAGAGGAGUUAAAGGAUCCCGAGGAGACCAUAAUAUCUGAUGCAGAUCCUUUAUUAUCACCAUCAUCUCCUGCACCCCGACACUAAGAUCCGUCGAGCCAAGGCGGCGAACGCCUGAAGGAGAAACCUAGGUUGGAAAUUACUAUUGAGAAAUCAGACGUUUCUGCCGCCUCAUCACCAGGGCUUCAACCUUAUCAACGGCCUGGAUCAUCGUAUUGAGCCCUGGGUCUAGGUAGUCUCUUAAUCAAUAAGCAGGACAAGGGAGUGGAACCAAUACAAUCUUGUAGGAAGUAAACUUCUUUUUGUCUUCUCUCUUUUUUUAAUCUCGCUGAGAAGUUAUGAACUUGUGCACGUAUUGUGUGUAAAGAAUAUCUGUGUCCAUUCAGUGUGGUGGUUAAGAUUUGCCCUAAAUGAUAGGAAUAAUGCUAAAGGAUAAAGCGGAAUACAUUUUCUUAUCA